AUGAAUUCUCAGCCUCCUCAGCCUGGACAGACGACAUUUCAAGAUUCGGCUGUUGAGGUGCAGCAAACACAGGUAAACCCCUCUGAACAUGUCAUUGGAGCACGGUCCGGACCUAAUGCUCAGCAAACGAAACCUAGUGAAGAAGGUUUCCUAGCCGCUCCAAACAAUUGGGAUGUUAUUCCGAUUCCAUCACAACCUUUUAAGCCUAGAGGAUGGCCGGGAUCUCAAGAACCUAUGGGAGAUGGAAUGGCACCACCAUUACCUACUGCGCUACUUCCUGCAAUGCCCCCAGCACCAGCUGUUGCUCCAACCCCUCCAGCACCUCCGGCAGCUCCUACUCCGAUUGCUGUUCCGGCUACAAUCACCCCAAUCCCUGCUCCUGCUCCACCGCCAUCUCCUGCUCCACCUCCACCUCCACCUCCAGCACCAGCUCCUCCAAUGACUGCAGAUUUCGGAAUGAUGCAGCCUCCGGAUCCGGAACCCGCUGCUCCACCACCACCUACGCCUCCCGGAACAAAACAAGCGAUUCCAACUUUGCCUCCUAUUCCGGCU